AUGACACUUGCUUCUAAGGUACUAUUCGCAGCUCUGGCGGCUGGGGCUCUUGCCCAGUCAGCCUUGAAAAUUCAAGUGACAAAGGACACCACCCAUGCGAUUCCUUCUACUCUGUAUGGGUAUAUGUGGGAGGAUAUCAACCACAGUGGCGAUGGAGGCUUAUAUGGAGAGCUCUUACAAAACCGGGCAUUCCAAGCGGUUUCUCCACAUACUUCCGAGGCCCUCACAGCAUGGAGCGCCUAUCGAGGCGCUACCAUUGAUGUAACGAAUAACACUCCUGGAGUUUCGACUGCGUUGCCCAAUUCCCUGCAGGUUGCGGUUCCCACAGGUGUGACUGGGUCAGUUGGGUUCCAGAACUCCGGAUAUUGGGGCAAGUUGUGGAUCAAAGUACAGUCCGGAUGGAAAUAUACCGGGUCGUUGUACGCCAAAUCUGACAGCUAUACCGGAUCCGUCACCGUUUCGUUAGUGUCGGAAUCUGGUACGACUUAUGCAACAAAAACACUUAAAGGGGUAUCGUCCUCGUGGAGGAAGUUUACUUUUGAGUUCAAACCGACAAAGUCAGCUCCGAAUAACAAUAAUUUCUUCCGUGUUACGGUCGACGGAUCAAGCGCGGCCGGAAAAAAUGUUUAUUUCGGGCUGCUUUCUCUUUUUCCUCCCACAUACCGUAACAGGCCAAAUGGAAUGAGAGUCGAUCUAGCAGAGGCUCUAGCCGCUACAAAGCCCGGAGUAUGGAGAUUCCCCGGUGGAAACAAUCUGGAAGGUCAUGCAAUUGAUAGGCGUUGGAAGUGGAAUGAAACUAUUGGCCCGAUCGAGAACCGCCCGGGGCGUUUUGCUGAUUGGGGUUAUCCCAAUACCGAUGGCUUGGGCCUCAUGGAAUAUCUCAAUUGGGCGGAAGACCUUGGUGCGGAACCUAUCCUGGGAGUCUGGGCUGGCCUCUCCAUUGGGGACUACGCCGACCUGUCCACAUUUCCUGUUGUCCCAGAAGCUGAAAUUCAGCCCUAUGUGCAAGAGGUCAUCAACGAAAUUCACUUCAUCACUGGUGACGCGAAAACAAAUGAAUGGGCAAAGUUACGAGCCCAGUAUGGGCACCCGGAACCAUAUAAACUUAAAUAUAUUGAAAUUGGAAACGAAGACUUUUUUGGGGUAGAUACUUAUGUCAAAUAUCGCUGGAGGGCAUUUGUCACAGGAUUGAAAGCUGCCUUCCCCGAUAGUGGAUUUGAGUAUCUUGCGACAUCCCUUCCUGACACGGCCCUUGAUCCUGCAUAUACUUACCUCGAUUUCCAUCAAUACAACACCCCAGAAUGGUUCAUUGAGAGAGCGCUACAGUAUGAUACAUACCCCCGCAAUGGCACACACCUCUUUAUUGGAGAGUAUGCUGUGACGUCGACAAACUCCUCGUGUCUUCUCGGCGAGUUUUCUUGCGGUCGAUUGGAAUAUCCAACAUUACAAGGCGCAGUUGCUGAAGCGGCAUAUAUGACCGGCCUCGAGCGUAAUUCGGAUGUGAUCUUUGCUUCGGCAUAUGCUCCUAGCUUACAGCACAUCAACGGUUGGCAAUGGACACCGGAUAUAAUCACAUUUGAUGCAGGUGAUAUUGUAAAAUCAGCUUCUUACUAUGCGCAGCACAUGUUCUCUACCAACCUCGGCACACAUGUGAUCAAAACUUCGCCUGCACCCAGUGCUGACGUGCCUCUACACUGGGUUGCUAGUCACGAUAUAAAGAACAAGAUAGUUUAUCUAAAGGCUGCCAAUACUGCCAAUUCUUCGUUCAUUGCAUCGUUCGCCUUUGGUUUCCCUCUUGCAGGCAGAUCUUCAAGUAUCACAGUCCUCUCCGCACCGAUGGCCAAUGUAUCAAACACGCUUACCACCACCAAUGCAGUGUUGCCGAAAACGACUAGUCUCAAAGUAGCUUCCGGUAGUACUGUCCUCAAUUACACGUUCCCAGCGUACAGUGUGGCGGUAUUCAAACUUCCAGUUAAUUGGUAG